AUGACUUCCAAUCCUGGCAAUCGUCCAAUUGACCCUGCAUGCGACCCUCUGGCCGACCCGGAAGACUCCAACAUCUGCUUUGAAAAUGGCUCUAUUGCUGAAACUGAGAGAAGGCGCAGAACAAGUACGAGUCGGGGCCAAGGACAGUCCGCGACUGUACCAUUCCCGCGGCAAGACUUCAUUCCAUAUCCAUUACAAGGAUUGAAGGCACAUGCCACGCAAACUCCAAACCUUCAGUACAUGCCAUUCUACUGUUGCCCCAUCUGCAGAGGGAAGCGUGAGGCGCAUGCCCACGUGCGUAAACUUUUCCUAGUCGCCGAGCGACUCAUGUGGGAAGAAGGACUGGUGUCGAUGAGUGAGAAGCAUCGCAACGCAUACUUCAACAAGCAGGUCAACGACGAACUCGGCGUUUCAAAUGCCACUGUCAGUUACCAAGACUAUUUCCCUGGUGGGAGGCAUAGCCAGACCAACAGAUACUAUCCUUUCAACAACGAGCACGAGAUGGGGUUCGCUUUCAACGUUGUACCCACACAUGACAACUUGACAGAAGCUGUGUGGUCAUUGUGGAUUGGUUCACAGUUGGACAUGGAAAGAGGGCUGGCCGAAAACAGAGUAGCAGGUACUCUUCUGCUCGGAGGGAACACAGGAGGAUGGACAGGACCAACCAACAUGGCAUCACAUGAUCAUUCGUCUGCUCAGCCGGACUAUCUUUCUGGGCUACCUACGCCGCCGGUAUCUUCCAUGGAAGAGGCUAGACGCAUGAAUGCCCUCUUCAACUCACCUGUACCGGCCGCGCAACAGAGCCAGUUCACCGCCCACCCGGCAAAUUUACUCGGUCACAGCAAUCGGAUCAUCAGCUAUAGGAGUUUGCAGAAUUUCUACUUCCUUCUCGACAGAAUCGAGAGAACAUCGUACGUUGCAGAGAUGUUCCUCGUAGCAUACGCUGCGAGGUUGAAGGUAGAUAAAUGCAUCAACUGCUGGCACAAUCAGAACGUCAGACUUGAUGGGCUCUGA